AUGAAGACCCCUCCGCCCGUCGAGGUCAACGACAAGACGUUCAUCCUCAACGCACCGGGGCUGACGUACAUCUUCCAUGUGGACGACAAGGGCGACCUCAAGCUCGACCACUAUGGCGCGCCGACACCGAGGGCGCGCAAGACCGACCCCGACACGGACUGCUGGAUGCCCGAUGGCAUUCGGCGCGAGUUUCCAGAUGCCGGGCGAGGCGACAUGCGUCUGCCGGUGCUUCAUUUGAUGCACAACGCGGGCCACACGGUCUCGCGUUUUGUGUAUGAGCGCCACGAGGUGUUGCCAGGCAAACCUAGUCUCGAGGGCUUGCCGUCGACUUUUGGCGGGGCCGACGACGUGACGACGCUGCGGGUGCAGCUUGUCGACUUGCGCAGCGGCGUCCAAGUCGUCCUCUCCUACUCCGUCUUCCAUCGCCUGCCGGUCAUCACCCGCAGUUACACAGUCACGAACAGUGGCAAGGAAGCCGUCACGAUCCUCCGCGCCGCAUCGGUCGGCAUAGACCUGCCGUCGGCAGAGUACGACCUCGUUCACCAUCACGGCCAUUGGAGCCGCGAGUGCCAGGUCGUGCGACGCAAUGUCGACCAUGGAAUCCAAGGAUUCCAGAGUCUCACAGGCUACUCGUCGGCAUACUAUAACCCUUUCCUCGCCCUCACGCAGCCCACGACCACUGAGACCACGGGCAACGUCUGGGGCUUCAACCUCGUCUACUCUGGGUCCUUCUCUGCCGAGGUGGAGAAGUCACAGCUGGGAUUCACGCGCGUCCUGCUGGGACUCAACCCGCUGCACCUCCACUGGCCCCUUGCCCCCGGCGAGACCUUUACCACGCCGGAAUGCGUCUCCGUGUUCUCUUCGUCUGGACUCGGCGGCAUGACUCGCACUUUCCACCGGCUGUACCGCCAGCACCUGUCACGCAGCCGCUUCACAAUGGAACCACGACCUGCGCUCCUCAACCACUUUGAAGCCACGCACUUUGAGUUCAACGAGGACACGCUCUACCCCAUCGCGCACAAGGCAGCCGAGAUGGGCUUCAAGCUGUUUGUCAUGGACGACGGGUGGUUUGGGGACAAGUACCCCCGUGUCACCGACAACGCUGGCCUCGGUGACUGGGUCGCCAACCCGAGGCGUUUCCAACGAGGCCUCGCUCCGUUCGCCGAGAAGAUUACCGCGCUGCCCAUCGCUGGGUCGCAGACCGACAACGUCAAUUUUGGCAUCUGGGUCGAGCCCGAGAUGGUCAACCCGCAGUCCGAGCUCUACAAGCAGCAUCCCGAAUGGGCACUCCACGCGGCAGACCACGACCGGACCGAGGCUCGCCACCAGCUGGUCCUCAACUUGGGCCUGACUGUGGUUCAAGACUACCUCAUCGAGGCGAUCGACACACUGCUCAAAAGCGCCAACAUCUCCUACGUCAAGUGGGACAACAACCGCGGCAUCCACGAACUCUCCCGCCCGUCUGAUGCGCACCGGUACAUCCUCGGCCUGUACCGCGUCAUUGACGUCUUGACCACCCGCCAUCCAGACGUGCUAUGGGAGGGUUGCGCGUCAGGCGGCGGCCGGUUCGAUGCCGGCCUGCUCCACUACUGGCCGCAGCACUGGACUUCGGACAACACGGACGGACGAGACCGCCUCUACAUUCAGUGGGGCACUUCGCUGGUGUACCCUGCAUCGACGAUGGGCUGCCACGUGUCCGAGGUGCCGAGCCAGCAAGCAGACCGCACCACGCCGUUCGAGUUCCGCGCACAUGUUGCAAUGAUGGGCGGGGGCUUUGGCUUUGAGCUCGACAUCAACAAGCUCAGUGAGGAGGAGCAGGCGCUUAUCCCUGGUAUUAUCAAGCUCAGUGAGGAGAUUGCCCCGUUGAUUGUGCAGGGGGACAUGUACCGCCUCGCCAGUCCGUGGGACUCGAACUGGCCCGCCGUGCAGUUCAUCUCCGAGGACGGCCGCGAGGCAGUGGUCUUCCUGUACCAGAUCCGCGACGGUCUCAUGCGCGAUGAGCGUGAGCCGACGCGACUGCACGGGCUGGUCCCCGGCGCCGAGUACGACGUCAACGGCGAGGUGUACACCGGCGCCGAGCUCAUGAACGUGGGGAUUACCGAGAACCUCAUUGGUGGGGAUUAUCGUAGUAGGGUGUUCCGUAUCAGGCGUAGUGUGUAG